CCGCACGGACCCCUGUCGAUCUUCCCUUCUCCGUCAGUCACAUGUCUUCUUCUCCGAUAGAUCAGUUGGACGCCGCUGCUGCCGCUUCUGACGGGCGGGUGGUCACCCACCAUCAGCCGGUCUUCCAUGGCCGGACGUCCUCGCUCCAGGAGACUCGCAUCGAGCGGCGGCCGUACGACGCGGAUGCGGAGAGGAGCUCCCGCGUGAUUACCGCUACUCUGAUCUACCGCCCUGAAUCCAGCCGCAGCUGCAAGCGUGCUCGACUCGCCGCCUCCAGCGACGCCGUCCUGGGCCUGCAGGAGGCCGGGGACGGCGCGGGGACGCCGGCGGCGGCGGAGUGUGCCGUGUGCCUGCAGGACUUCGCGGCGGAGGACAAGCUAAGGGCGAUGCCCUGCUCCCACACCUUCCAUCAGGACUGCAUCUUCCGCUGGCUCCUGGUCAACCAUGUCUGCCCGCUCUGUCGCCACGCGCUGCCCACGCAGGAGCAGGACGACGACGAAGACGAGAGACGUCGCCAGGAGGAUGCGAUCGACGAAAUUUAUCGGGAGUUUUAUGAGGUCAAUGAUCGGUACUUUGGUGGCCAAUAUCUUGACCCGCAUUAUGGCGACGAGAAUCAUCAGCAGGAGAGCAUGCCCCCGCCCCCGGUGCCGGAGGAGGCCUAGAUAGACACCUGGAUUGGAUUCAACAGCGUCAUGCUGGAAUCAUGUGUGCAAGUGCUGCUCUCUGCACCAUUCUACCUAAUCAGCAUAAGUUAUCAGCAGCUCGGUGAUGAUGUGCUUCCAGCAGACAUCUAAUCUAAAAAGUGUGCUGUGUGUAUCUUGGCUUCAGUGUUAAGACUAAACAAGAAGCGCAAAACCAUCUUGAUUUCUUUUC